AUGCCUUCAAAAUAUAACCCAAAGGUAAUCUACAAUAAAACUGUAGAGGGUAUCAAAGAACUCAACUACCGUGACCCACAAUCUCCAAUCUUAGACUCCUCAGAAGGUGUCUACCUCAACUCCCCAGAUGAAAAACUCACUAAAGUCCUCGAAUUCAACGAACCCGUCGUAGAUGUUAGAGAAUACACUACUGAUCAACGCUUCAACCCUUUCCUCAUCAUCUACCAUUACCUCAUCUCCCUCUUCCCCAUCGUCACUUGGAUCUACAGAUAUAACCUCACUUGGCUUUAUGGUGAUCUCAUUGCUGGUAUCACUGUUGGUAUCGUCGCUGUCCCUCAAGCAAUGUCCUAUGCUAAAAUCGCUACCCUCUCCCCAGAAUAUGGUCUCUACUCAACUUUUGUCGGUGUCUUCAUCUACUGCUUCUUUGCCACUUCAAAAGAUGUCUGUAUCGGUCCUGUAGCUGUCAUGUCCCUUCAAGUCGGUCGCACAAUCACUAAAGUCACUGAUAAGUACCCAGAAUAUGCUGAUAAAGGUCCAGUAAUUGCUACAACCCUUGCACUCAUUUGCGGUGGUGCCGCCGCUGGUAUCGGUCUCCUCCGUCUUGGUUUCAUUCUCGAGUUCAUCCCAAUCCCCGCUGUCAUGGGCUUCAUGACUGGCUCUGCAUUUUCCAUCAUGAUUGGCCAAGUCCCCAGUUUGUUUGGUAACUCAAAGUUUCUCAACACUCGUGAUUCAACUUACCUUGUCUUUAUCAACUUUUGGAAACAAAUUAAACACACUAAAACUGACGUCGCCUUUGGUAUCCCCCCACUCGUUGCCCUCUUUACCAUCAAGUUCCUUUGUGACUACCUCACCAAGCGCGCACCCAAGUAUAAAAUUAUUUGGUUCUAUCUUUCCGUCCUUCGUAAUGGUAUCAUCAUUGUCCUCUUCACUGCCAUUGCCUAUGGUUGCUACAAGGACCGCCGCUCAAAUGCUCCCAUCUCCCUUAUUAAAACAGUCCCCUCUGGUCUCAAGCACACUGGUGUCCCAGAAAUUGAUCACAAUAUUGUCACUGCCUUGGCUUCGGAAAUCCCAGUCUCUGUUAUUGUCCUCCUCCUUGAACACAUCUCCAUUGCAAAAUCUUUUGGUCGUGUUAACAAUUAUAGAGUCUCCCCUGAUCAAGAACUCAUUGCUAUUGGUGUCACUAACCUCAUUGGUGUCUUCUUUAAUGCCUACCCUGCUACCGGCUCCUUCUCUAGAACUGCCCUCAAGGCAAAGUGUGGUGUCCGUACUCCUAUUGCUGGUAUCUUCACCGGUGCUGUUGUCCUCCUCGCCAUUUACUGUCUCACUGAUGCCUUUUACUGGAUCCCUAAUGCAACCCUUUCAGCUGUCAUUAUCCACGCUGUCUAUGAUCUUAUGGCUUCUCCUAAAACAUCUUGGCACUUCUGGACCGUCUCUCCUAUUGAAUCUAUCAUCUUCAUUGCUGCUGUCUUCAUCACUGUUUUCUCCACUAUCGAGGCUGGUAUCUACUUUUCCAUCUGUGCAUCCUGUGCUCUCAUGCUUCUCCGCAUUGCCUUUGCCCGUGGCCAGUUCCUCGGUCGUGUCGAGUACCACGAACUCAUUGACCCAACCAUCAUUUCUCGUAAUGGUCAAAUCGUCUUUGACGGUAGACUCUCUAAAGUCUCAUCAAACACUUCUUCUAAUGAACCUAAAAAGUCUGUCGCUUAUGACGAAGAACAAGUCACCCCUGCAAAGACUGCCGACAACCAAGUCUUUGAAACUGAAAUCCGCCCAGCCUCUGAUCCAAACACUAACGUUUCUCCCGUCAUCCCUCAAAGUUCAUACCUUAGACGCUUUCGCUGGGUCCCCCUCAACCUCAAGAACCUCAAUCCCAAUGUCAAGGUCAUUCCUCCUCCCCCGGGAGUUGUUGUUUUCCGCCCCAACGAGUCUUUCAUCUAUCCUAAUGCAUCCCGUCAAGUUGACUUCAUUCUGGAUGAAGUUAAGAGAUCAACAAGACCUGCCAUCAUUGAUAUUCACCAAAAGAUUGGUGACAGACCUUGGAACGACGAUGGCCCUCGCCACCGCAAAAUAGACCCUGACUUUGUCGAUCCACGCCCUGUUUUGCGUGCUGUUGUCUUUGACAUGACUUCAGUCCCCCAUAUUGAUGCCACGGGUGUUCAAAACAUUAUUGAUAUUAGAGCUGCUAUUCUUAACUAUACCAAGACUGAAAGUGUAGAGUACCACUUUGUGGGUCUCAUUUCUCAGUGGAGUCGUCGCGCUCUAAUUGCAAACAAACUUGGUGUGGGUCACAUUUCUCCCUCGCAUCACCGCGUUGACGCUGCCGAACGCAACUUUGGUCCCAAAUGGUCGGAUGCCCCUGUCGCUGAUUUCGGAUACCCCAUUGAGGAAAUCCAAAAGACUGCUUCUGCCAAGUUUGAUGAUGAAGAAGCGAAGAUUGGCGGUUAUUCUGGUGAAGACUCCCCUGGUGGCGAGCCUUCCAAUCACAUUUUGCUGCCUCUUGUGGGUACAAAUACUCCUUACUUCCACUUUUCCAUGUCUGAUCUCGACUACCUGUUUGAAGAAGAGGUUCCCGAGCAGCCUGAAAUUGUGGUUGUUUAG